AUGCUGGCUCUUGAGGAACGCCAUGAUGUGCUGACUUCAGUGGAGCGGAAGCUCUCUACAAAAUCUAGAGCUGCAGUGGUCGGCUGGCUUGGUCGACUCAUGCCGUCAAUCUCAUCUUAUUUACGCUCCAUAAAGAUUUCUGAUGCUCGUAGGACUCAGGGAGACUCAACAUGUGCGACACAGAACAAACGCAGGGGCGUGCAGCUGGAGCCAGCGGCGCACAGAGGAGCAGGAAAAGCCGAGGCCAAUUUGGCCGGCCAAGACAAUUCCGAUGCAGAGGGUCUCGACAGCCACGACCAUGUUACUGAUGUUGAGCCUGACGCCCUGCCGACGCCCUUGUCGUCAUGCUCCAUAACAAGCACCCGUGACCGGGCAGCAGCAGCUGGAGUCUCGGCGCUGCCUACUUCUCCGCCUCGCGAGGUAGCUGCGCAACAUUGCAUGGAAGACAGUUUCCUGCUGUCUGCAGUAAGCGGUGAGCAUAUUCCAGGAGAUGAACAGAGCCGAAGCGCGAGGCUGGUUGACCAACGAGGCCCUCAGGAGCACCGCCUCUUUGCCCUAGCAACUUCCCUCUGCAUGUUAAAAGGCUUUAGCAAGCUGUACCAACGUUUCGAGUAA